UCAUCUCUAUUAGUGACUGUCAGGUUACUCACAACGAAGAUUUUUUUACAAAAAAAAACCUGUAGAUAAUACGUAUUUUAUACAUAUUGCUUGUGAAUACAUACUAAAUAAAAACUAAACAGAGUACAAUGGACAUGGAUUUCGGUGAUGAUUUUGCUGCUAAAGAGGAAGUUGAUCCAGCGGCAGAGUUUUUGGCACGCGAGCAAUCGGUUCUUGGAGACCUUGAAGCUGAAAUAACUGGUGGAUCUGCCACAAAUGCAGUUGCAGCGCCUGCAACCGAUGAUGGACUGCUGGGCGGCUUAGUUAGCACUGGGGCUGAACUGGGCAGUGAACUUUCUGCCAAUGUGGGAGGUGGUCUCGAAUCAUCGACUGGUAGCUUCGAGGUUAUCGGUAGCGAGUCGAACGAACCUGUUGGUAUCUCAGGACCUCCACCGUCGCGUGAAGAACCCGAGAAAAUACGAAAAUGGCGAGAGGAUCAGAAGCAGCGUCUAGAGGAGAAGGAUAUUGAAGAGGAGCGUAAAAAAGAGGAACUACGCCAACAAUCCAAGAAGGAACUGGAUGACUGGCUCCGCCAAAUCGAAGAAUCUAUUUCCAAAACAAAAUUAUCGUCUCGCAACGCUGAGGUUCAAGCCGCUUCAUUAGAGAAUGGAGCAGUCGAGCCUGGAACCGAAUGGGAGCGCAUUGCCAAGCUGUGCGAUUUUAAUCCUAAGGUCAAUAAAUCUGGAAAAGACGUCUCGCGUAUGCGGUCAAUUUACCUACAUCUGAAGCAAAACCCCAUACAAGUACAGAAAAUAGCUUAAUAUAUAAAAAUAAAUAACCCUAUUAAUGCACCUACUCAAACAUUUCGAUUUGACUAUUUA